AUGGCCACUGUUGUCGCACAGGCUCAUUUCAUCUUUGGGCUGCGGACCAGUGUGAGGAACAACUUGUGUUUCGUCGAUGAGCAGACAGUGGUGUUCCCCAGCGGAAACAGCUGUGUGUGCUACAAUACCGUCCAAAGAUGUCAGAGGUUCAUCCCAGGCUCGGAGAAGAGCCAAGGCAUGUGUGCUCUGGCCAUCAGUGCCAACCGGCGUUACCUGGCAGUGUCAGAGUGUGGUGAGAGGGCCACCAUCACAGUGUUCGACCUGCAGCAUGAGCAGGGAAGAAAGAGAAAAGUUCUGAACACAGGAGACAUGCCUGUUCAAGAGUUUGUAUGCAUGGCUUUCUCAAUGGAUUCCAAGUACCUGAUAGGCCAAACCGGUGGCCCAGAGUGGAUGCUGAUCCUGUGGCUUUGGGAAAAACAGAAAGUCUUGGCAACAGUGAAAACCAGUAAUUCAAACAGUUCUGUCACCCAGGUCAGCUUCAACCCUUACAACAACAUGCAGCUCUGCGUGAGUGGAACUGGUGUGUUCAAGCUGUUCCGCUACUCAGAGGGGCUGCUGAAACAGACCAGCUGUCCAAAGGUGGAGUCCAUUAACUUCCUGUGUCAUACCUGGAUGAUGACGGAGCGGGUGAUCGCUGGAACGGACACAGGCAGGCUGCUGGUGUUUGAGUCCGGAGACCUGCGAAGAGAGAUUAACAUCUCUUCUAAGCAGUGUGACAGUAAUUCACUGCACAGGCAGGUGGAGAUGAAGAGGCUCAAAGACACAGAUGUGGAUGAAGGUCCUAGCUUGCCCCGCAUCACAGCCAUCCUGUCCUACUCCAAAGGCUUUGCAUGCUCUUUAGGGUCCGGCACCGUUUGUCUUUUUGAAAUGAACGAGGAGGAUGGCUAUAGAAAAAGCUGGGAGAUGCGGAUCCCACCAGACCCAUACAGCAAUGAGCUCACCCCGGCUGAAUGCCAGGAGAUUGACACCAUGUGCAUCAGUCCAGCCGAGGAGACUCUGGCCAUCAGCACAGACAGAGGACAGCUGUACAGCUGCAGCCUGUCCUCUGUGGACGUCAACAAGGAGGAAAAAAUCCAUUUUGAGUUCCUGUCGCAGGCCUUUCACUCUAAGUCCAUCACUGGUUUGUCUGUCUGCAUUCGAAAGCCGCUGGUGGCCACCAGCUCUCUGGACCACUCUGUCCGCAUCUGGAACUACGAAACAAAAGUGUUGGAGCUGUAUAAGGAGUUCCAGGAGGAGGCCUACAGCGUGGCACUGCACCCCACUGGCCUCUUCAUCCUGGUGGGCUUUUCAGACAAACUCAGACUGAUGAACCUGCUCAUCGAUGACAUCUGCACCUUCAAGGAGUUCACUGUGCGCGGCUGCAGAGAGUGUGCUUUUAGUCACGGGGGCCACAUGUUUGCAGCUGUCAAUGGGAAUGUCAUCCACAUCUACUCUGUCACCUCUUUUGAGAACAUCCUCAGUCUGAAGGGCCACAACGGAAAGGUGCGAGGCAUUGAAUGGAGCCUGGACGACAGCCGGCUGGUCUCAUGUGGGAUGGAUGGCGCAGUGUAUGAGUGGAACACUCAGACUGGCAAGCGUGAGUCUGAGAGCGUCCUGAAGUCCUGCAGCUACACAAAUGUUGCCUUCUCUUCAGACUGCAAGACCAUCCUGGCUGUGGGAACAGACCUCACACUGAAGGAGAUCCAGGACUGUCAGGUGCUGACGGAGGUUCCUGCUGACGAGGUAGCUCACACCGCCGUGGCAGUGUCUCACUCUGGCAGGGUAGUCUUCACCGGGACCUCCAGCGGAGCCAUCAGAGCCAUCAAAUACCCGUUACCUAUCCAGAAGGAAUGGAUCAUGUACCAGGCUCACAGUGGCCCCGUCACCAAGAUGGUGAUCACGUACGACGAUCAGUUCCUGCUGACGGUGUCUGAGGAUGGCUGUCUGCUGAUGUGGAAGGUCAUCGAUAAGGAGGGCAGAGGACUGAAGAGCAACAGGCAGAUCAUCCACACUGAGGAGAUCCUGGUCACCAAGUCAGACCUGGAGGAGAAGACCCAGAACAUGCUGGAGCUAAAGAUGCGUCUGGAGGAGCUGCAGAUGGAGAACGAGUACCAGCUUCGACUGAAGGACAUGAACUACAAUGAGAAGAUGAAGGAAGUGUCUGACAAGUUCACCCAGCAAAUAGAAUCUCUGAAAACAAUGCAGCAGGCCAUGAAGACAGACAUGGAGAGGCAGGAACGUGAGCACCAGCAGAGUUCUGCAGAAGUCACUGUGAAACACUCCAAAGAGUUGAAGGAUCUAGAGUUAUCCUACAGCCAGAAGCUAAUAGUGGAGCACGAGAGAUACCAGGAUCUUCAGCGGAAAUAUCAAAGAAUGCAGGAGGACUACGAGAAGCAGCUGAAGACUGCAGAGGAGAGCAAAGUCCAGUUGCUGGAGGAGCUGACGCAACAGUAUGAGGCCAAGCUGCAGGAGAAGACUCAGCUCCUAGUUCAGUGUCAGGAGGAUGCACAGCAGCAGAUUCGUGAGUUUAAAGAGAUGGUCAGGCAAGUAGAGGAGGAAGAGGAGAGGACAAUCCAUGAUAUCCAAUUCAAGUAUGAGAGGAAACUGCACGCUGAGAAAGAGACCAACACCAAUCUGAAAGGAGAAACUGGUCUGAUGACACAAAAGGUCUACAGUCUACAGAGACAGGUGGAUGACAGGUGCACAGAUAUAAACAGGCUGAAGCAGGAGCGGCAGAGCAUGCUGGGGUUGAUCCGCUCCCUGGAGAGCGACAUCGAGGACCUGAAGCGGCAGAUCUCUGGACACGAGAAGACCAGCCAGGACAAGGAUAAGACCAUCUCCAGCUUAAAGAAGAAGAACCAGGAACUGGAGAAGCUGAAGUUUGUUCUCGAUUUCCAGUUGGAUGCAUUGAAGAAACAGACUGAGCCUCAACAAGAUGACAUCAAUUUGAAGAAGAAGCAGCUCAUUCAGCUGGAGGAGGAGCUGGUGCAAAUGGACAAGAGCAACACUCACCUGAAGCUCACCGUCUCUGAGCUGAGGCAGCGAUUGAGGACCACUGACAGGGAGAUGCAUAAGGAGAUGCAGAGAGUGAAAGAUUUGGAGACACAUCUUCAGCGGCUCAAGUCAGACCUCCACAAAUGUGUUAGCUUCAUCCAGGAGCCGAAGAAGCUGAAGGACAGCGUGCAGAGGAUCUACGCCCACUAUGUGCUGCACACUGAUGGAGUGGAAAGAAACAGUGUAGAUGAAGAUUUUCAGACGGCAUUCUGCCGCCAGCGUGAGCACCUGGAGAAGACUGUUAGCGGUCUGAGGACGAGGCUGGCCAAGUCUGCUGAGGAACAUGACAAAGCCUAUGUCAAGAUCAUGAAGGAGAACAUGACUCUGAUCACUGAAAUCAACCAGCUGCGGAAGGAGCUACGGUUAGUGAGGACUCAAGUCAAAGAUUUCAAAGCUCAGCUGGCCACGUUCAAGAAGCCCAGCAAGUCCCGUCCCAAGUCCGAGCCACAGGAGCCCAAACAUGAAGACAUCAACUGAGAACCCAAAGAAUUCGAGAGAGCACCCCACCCUCUCACCAGGAGCCAUGUUAGCCCUGCAGCCAGGAACUA